GCUUAGCUUCCCGCAAUCAGUAUCCUAUCGAUCAUAAAUUUACGCUGUUAAAGUGCUAAUUUCCAUAUACAAAAAAAAACUUAAUUCAAAUGGAAAACGCGUACGCCCCAAUAAGCGAAGCUUGCGUGAAGGCGCUGAGCGACAAAACCUACGAGAAACGUAAAAUCGCAGCCUCAGAAAUAGAAAAAAUGGUAGCAGAUUUUAAUGCCAAGAAAAACUUCGGACAAAUCCGAAGGAUUAUUGACGUGUUGAGCAAGGAUUUUGUUACCUCGAACGAUUCUAACAAGAAGAAGGGCGGAUUGAUUGCGCUGGCCGCUACCAGUAUUGCUCUGGGUAAAGAUACCGAGAAAUUCAUCGAUGAAAUCGUGAACCCGGUGCUAAACUGUCUGAUGGAUAGCGACACUCGAGUGCGCUACUUCGCUAGUGAGUCACUUUACAACGUAGUGAAGGUAUCGAGAGGGUCGAUUAUUCCUAUGUUUCCGAGUUUAUUCACUUCGCUGAGUCGUCUUGUGACUGACCCAGAUCAAAGCGUUAAAAACGGCAGUGAGUUGUUGGAUCGGUUAUUGAAGGACAUCGUAAUAGAAUCAUCCAGUUUCUUCGAUUUGGAUGCUUUCAUUCCUUUAGUCAGAGAACGAAUCAUGGCAAAGAAUUCCUUUUCCAGACAGUUUAUUAUUUCCUGGAUUUCGGUAUUGAAUUCAGUUCCGGAAAUCAACAUGGUAGUUUACCUACCGGAAAUUAUACUGGGCCUGUUCCAGAUGCUAGAAGACAACAUGCUGGAGAUCCAACGAAUGUGUGAAGCGCUGUUGGCACAGUUUCUGAAGACAAUUCAAGCCGACCCAAAGGCGGCCGACAUCUCGCAAAUGAUGAACGUACUGAUUAUUCAAGCGCAGUCCACUAAUCCGUUAAUUCAGUUUACCGCAAUAACUUGGAUCAAAGAAUUUGUUCAGUUGGCCGGUGGCGACAUUAUUGCUUUUUCUUCCGGGAUAUUUACGGCAAUUUUACCAUGUUUAGCAUUCGAGGGUGAGUCUAAAAAGAAUAUUAAAGAUUGUGCAACGGCAGUGAAUGUACAUUUGCUGGAGUUGAUGUCCAGUGGACAUAAUAAUAAGCAGAAGAAUCUCGAAAACCUUGACUUAGAUUCGGUAAUGGAAGUUCUUCGGCAGUAUUUGAUACAUAGUUCAGUGCCAACAAAGAUCGCAGUCCUAAAGUGGGUUCACCACUUGUUUACGGAGGUUCAUGAUGAAAUGUCCAGCCAUGCUAACAAUCUGUUCCCGGUGUUGCUCCGAGAUUGCCUAUCGGAUAAUUCGGAUGAGGUGGUUCUGCAAGCUAUUGUCGUACUGGCCGAGAUUGUUAAUUCAGCUACGGCUAAAGGAAGCGAUUUUGACCAGUUGCAGUAUAAGCAUUUUCUGAUGGAACUGCUAACUUUGUUCAGCGAAAAUAAGCUGUUUCUGGAAAACCGAGGGACACUCAUCAUACGGCAACUCUGUCGACUGUUGAAUGCAGAGUCAAUUUAUCGAACUUUCGCCGAAAUCCUACAGGAGGAGAACACCAAUUUACGCUUCGCGUCCACCAUGGUACGAACGUUGAACAUGAUUUUACUGACAACAUCCGAUUUGUUCGAUUUGCGAAACACGCUCAGGGACAUCAAAACGGAGCGGUCGGCUUCGUUGUUCGAGUGUUUGUACCGAUGCUGGUCGCAUUGUGCAGUUUCGACCGUGUCGUUGUGCCUUUUGGCUCAAUGCUAUCAGCAUGUUUCCGAGAUCGUUGUUCUGUUUGCUUAUAUGGAAAUAACGGUAGACUUCUUGGUGGAGGUUGAUAAGCUAGUUCAGCUCAUAGAGUCGCCAAUUUUUGCGUCUCUCCGAUUAGCACUAGUGUCCCAUGCAAACGAUAAUGUGGACGCGCAGCAUUUAUCUCGAGCACUAUACGGUAUACUGAUGCUAAUACCACAGACGGAAGCAUUUAAUCUCCUACGGAAUAGGCUUCAGUGUGUACCCAAUUACUGGGGACAACCAGCACGAAUAAAUUCAAAAUCAUCUAACGAAGCUCAGAGUCCAGUGGACUUCGAGAAGUUGUUUGCACACUUCAAACGAAUCCAAGACCUGCACCGCCUGCAACGGUUAGAACAGCGAAAAAAGAACCAAUUCUAAGGUAUCAAUUAGGUAAUUUUGGUAUGUUCGAAUUCGCUAAACUGCGACAAUAAAGCAU